GUGACGUCAGUAAGAUCUGGCCAAUCAGAAUGUGGAGGGGCGGAGCUAAAUAGAAACAGCGGAUGAUUCAAAAGGAAGAUGGCGGCUGAGGAGGGUCCCCAAAACACCAACAAGCUGGACAGAAGGGGGACAACACACAGCGUGUUUACUUGCCGAGACACGUCAAAUACUGGCCAGUCGGUCAUCUUCAACCCAGACUUCUUUGUGGAGAGACUGAGACAUGAACAGCCGCAGACCUUCACCGACUUGGUGCUGGCCAAUGUCACCCGACUCAUCGACCUUCCAGGUGACGAGUUCGCUCAGCUGACUGGGGACUGCGAGCCCAGGGUGCCCUCCUCCUCCGGCUUCCUCCGCUCCUUCAACUUCCUCAAACGAAAAGAAAAAGGUGUUGUUUUUGGCGCACCCUUAACUGAAGAAGGCAUUGCGCAGAUAUAUCAGCUGAUUGAAUACCUGAGCAAAAACCAUCACAUAGAGGGGCUGUUCCGUGUGCCAGGCCACAGCCUGCGGCAAGCAGCUCUGAGGGAGAUGCUGAAUACCGGGGCAGAAAUAGAUCUCGAGACGGGCGACUUCCACCCCAAUGACGCUGCCACUCUGCUGAAAAUCUACCUGGGAGAGCUGCCUGAGCCCCUGCUAACGCACAGACAUUAUAACGCUCACCUUAAAAUUGGAGAGCUGAAACGCUUUGAUGAGAAAGGAGAUAAAACAAACGUGCCAGACAAGGAACGCCAAAUUGAAGCCUUUCAGCUGCUUUUCAUGCUGCUUCCGCCAGCCAACCGCAGCAUGCUGAAGCUCCUGUUAGACCUGCUCUAUCACACUGCCCGCCAUCAGCAAGUCAAUAAGAUGUCUGCCAUCAAUCUGGCAACGAUGUUUGCUCCACAUAUCAUCUGGCCCAAAAACGUGAUGGCAAGUGAUCUUCAGGGAAACAUUGAGAAAUUAAAUAAUGGUGUUGCCUUCCUUAUAAGGCACUCUCAAAAGCUGUUCAAGGCCCCUGCAUAUAUCAAAGACUAUGCACGAGUUUACUACACCGGAUCCAAAAUUCUUCAAUCAAAGGAUGACCUGACUCUCAGGUCUGGGACCAAAGACCUUUCAGUAUUGCUCACACCCACCUCCAAUUGUUCGCCGUACACGAGAAAGAUUGUAGGCAAAGUGGGUGUCACUGGCACCCCUGAGACCAGUGAUACCCAGACAUGCACUGAAUCGUCUCUCCGAGAGCUAUACCAGCAAGUCAAAAGCAUGCCCGAGUCGGCCAAGAAGAAGAAACUCAUUCGACAGUUUGAAAAACAGCCUUUGGGGACAGCCUCCCCUGACUCCCGGACGCCAUUCAGCAGAAAACACUGGCGGUCCCGCUCUUUAGGGGGCAUGAUUAAGAGGAAGGUGUUGGGAAGCCAAAUAUUAACAGGGAAGGAAAACAGCAAAGUGCAGAGGCCUCAAGCCAGCUGCUCAGUUGACACCAGAAGUGGAGGAGAAUAAGACAGCUGAGGAAACCUGCAUCUUGCUGUAAUGUGCAUUGAAACUGUCAUACGCUAUACAGUUUAUUUCAAUAUUUGUUUUUCUCUUAUUCAACCUGUGACUAAAAGGAAUUCACUGGGUUUUAUUUAACAUAUUUCUUAACCUAAUCGACAUUAGUUUAUCUCAAUAGUAUGGGUGCUGUAUUGCAUGUCUCUUAAUUUAAACCAUGUUUUACCCCGUUAAGAAAGCUAGCAGUUAAAAGAAGUUUUAUUUUUUGUUUUUUUUACUGAAAACUUUUUUUUAUUCAAUUUCAAAGGGUGAUAUUUAUUUGGAUUGGUCCAUUCAUGCAUUGAGAAAUGUUUACAUCAGUUUGUUGGAUGCAAGUAAGACCAGAGGUGUGCCUUAAAAUGAAUUUAUCUUAAGUUACUGUAUGUUACGUUUUCUAUUUAAUAUUAAGUUUAUGCAACUUUGAAGUUGCCCCUGAUCUUCCGAAUAUGAUAUGUAUUCAAACAAUGCAAUUUUGAAGAUGACGACCAAGGGUCAGUUUUUACAGGUUUGUUUUUCAGGAGGUUACUGCUGUGAAUUUAAAAAAUAUAUAUAUAUUUUUUUUAUUAUUUUAUUUUGAAGUCACUGUUUUUAAGAGUACAUUUAACUUUUUUGUUUUACAUCAGUUCUCAUUCCUACACAGCUCUUUGGCUGUAUCCAUGUAUGCCUUAUAUACACUUUACAGAUGUGAAAUACUGCAUUUAACCUUUAGCUUUGCAGGUUGAGUGCAACUUGGGUUGUGUAUAAUAACUUCUUAGGGGUUUGAGCCACUAUUGCUUUUGCAAAGUUUUUGUUUGUCAGUCACGUCUGGUUUCCGGGUACAUAGCCACCCUGCCUAAAUGUUACACACAUCCUCUAAAUGUUACACACACGGUCUAGGUGGCACAAUUCAAACAUAAGGUGUUGACUGAUACUUCUCAUCUACUGUGAAACCCACAAGACUGAUUAAACACUUAAAAUGCCA